CCCUAUAGGUGGAGAGUCGUGGGAGAAGUCGCGGCCCCGCCUCUCUCCUCCUUCCCCUACUCUCGGAAGCUCAGUGGCCCCCAGGCAAGAAUGUCUGACACCUGGGUCGCCAGCCUCUUGCUGUUUGGCCUGCUGGCCGGCCUCCAACAGGCUGCAGCCACAUGUGGUCUCUUCACCUGCCCUAAGGGAUUCAAAUGCUGUGGGAGCGGCUGUUGCCAAGAGUACCAGCUGGAGCAGUAUGACUUCUUCUCCCGCCCCUUAAGGACUUUUGUCAUCAUCCUCCUGAUCAUCAUACUCCUCCUGUGCAUCUACGGCGUGACUAAGCACUUGUAUCUCAACUGCAGAAAGUCAGAGCAGGAGGCCCCAACAGCCCUCCCGGAACAGCCCCCCAUUGCUCCUGUAGAGAGGGUCACAGCACCCAUUUCUGAGCCCCCACCCCCCUACAGUGAGAUUAUUCUGAAGCCUGUCCUGUGUCUGCCUCCCUUGGAGCCGCCCCCUCCCUACAGCUUCAGGCCUGAAGAAUAUGCUGGGGUUCGCAGAGGCAUCGACAACUCCACCUUCUGAUCCACCUCCAGCCUGGAACCCUGUCAUCAGCCACCUCCCCAAUGCUUCCUGGGUCAAACCAGAGACUCUCAGGAGCCCCGGAGCACCCUUGCCCAUCCUGCCACACCUCUGGCAGUUCUUGGCUUUAAUUUAUUGCUUUUCUACCCUUGUUCCAUGCCAGGUGCUUCUCUUGUCUCAAGGGCUGGUCUGGAGUGACAUGUCUACCCCUCACCUCGCAUUGUAAGUUAGAGGCUGCCAGGAGGAAAAUGUGAACAGUUGGAGGUGCCCAGCAGUGGAAUGGGCUACUCUGAGCAGUGGAGGAGGCUUGCACCCUGAGGUGCCAGUGUGGCCUGGACGUCCAGCUCUGAGAAGUUUGGGAGGGCACCAAUGCACCCUGUGAGAUGGGGCUGCUUCACCUCUCUCGCAUUCUACCUGAAUAGAGAAGACCCCAUUGUCCUCCCCGUACCCCCAACACAUGUUCUUACUAAAUUUCAGUUGAUUGUUGCUGAGAA